GCUGAUCCAAAAGAAUUGAUUCAGCUGGUCACAAAGCAUGUCACUCAGUAUGGCUAUACAGACUGGCCUGAAGAAGUCACACCUUUGAUAAAUCAGCUGCAUUACUACAAUGAACGACUACUGGAUUUCACUCAAGCUCAGAUUCUGCAAGGUCUUGGCAGAGGAGUGGAUGUGCAGAGGUUUACAGCAGAUGGGCAGUAUAAGAGAGAAACAAUACUAGGAUUGGCAGAAACACUUGAAGAAAAUGUCUACAAGAUUGCUGUUUCUUUGGCUCAGCGAUAUGAUGUUCCACUUUGGGAAGUUUAUAUGACCCAUCUGGAAUUUUUAUUCACCGACAGUGGGUUAGCGACACUGGAAAUAGAAGAAAGAGCACAAAGUCUUGGUCUGUUUGAGACUUUGAAGACCAGUCCUGAAACCUUACAUGAACACAUGGUUAAAUAUGUUUACCCAAGUAUUGAAGGCAGAGAUCACCAGCGGUUGCUUUAUUAUUUUACACUUCUUGAAAACUGUGGUUGCUCAGAAGUGGUGAAGCAUGCUCUUAAACCUGAAAAUCACAUCCGACUCCUGAAAAAAUUCAAAGCAGUUGCACCAGGUCUUAAUUACAAAAAACUAACAGAUGAAAAUGAAAACCCUCUGAAAACACUGGAGCCUGUCCUUACAAGUCAAAAUAUCUUAUCUAUUUCCAAACUGGCUCCCAAAAUUCCUAAAAAAGAUGGCAGCAUGCUGUCACCAAGCUCUAUUUAUGCUGUCUGGUUACAAAAACUUUUUUGGAAUGGCGAUAACCAUCUCAUUAAAAAAAUACCGGAAACUGUGGAUGAGUGGCUUCAUGCAUAUGAUACGUGUUCCAAGUACUUCGAUAGACUUGAUCCAGAUGAUAUCAUCACUUUUAUUGAUGAAAUUACCUUCUCUUCAAAAGCUGUCACCAAGCUGCCAGUUGAAGCCAGGAUAGAAGUGACUAAGAAGGCUAUUAAGGCAGUCAAACAUCUUUCUGAGAAAUCAAGAAAAAAAACUUCAGGAAAUGAGAUGGGAGAUGCUGAAAACCCGUCCGUUGCUUAUGAAGAAACUCUGAAUCACUUGCAACAAUCUCUUGCUCAUCUGGAAACACUCACUCACUGUUUUAUCACUUACUUGAAAAAUAGUGAACAGGAUACACUACGGAAGUAUGGCUAUUUAUAUGAUUUAUCAAGGUCAGAGAAAGAAAAAAUCCAUGACCAAGCAGUAGCUAUGUGUAUAGAUGGUCAACCCCUGGACAUGAUACAACAGUUGUUACAGGUGGCUGUUGGAGAUCUAGGUCUUUCUCCCAAGGAUAUUGUCCAAUGUGCUAUUAAAAGAAUUGUAUGUAUAUUAAGUGGAAGUGGGGGCUCAUCUACAUCAGUUAAAGAUCCACUUGGAAUCCUGGAAGGCAUCGUUUCUGCAGUGCAUGCAAGUGUUGAGAAAGGGGAGAAAGUAGUUUCUUCAGAUGACCUUCUGGAGUGGCUGAGACCUUUCUGUGGUGAUGACUCUUUAGCAGUUAAGCCUCGCAUCAGAGUAUUGCAAAUUCUGGAGCAAGCCUUCCAUCUCAGUGAUGAGGAUAGCAAGCUACUUGUGUACUUCCGGACGCAAGCAGUGCUCAGAGCUUGCUGGCCUGAAACAAAGGUAGAGAUAACAGAUACUGAAAAUGAAGAAAAAAGAUAUGAUCUCUUCCUGGGACUUCUGGAGUCUAGUCACAGUUUGUCUGAGUUUCAGCACUUGGUUUUACUCCUUCAAGCUUGGCCACCAAUGGACAUGAGCAAGAGAUCGUGCACAGAUGAUAAUCCCUGGGUGAAACUGGGGACUGUUAUGCUACAGAGAUGCCCACCUGAGGAAAAGGAGAGCACAGGAAAUGAAAUUUUGAAAAUCUGCCGUUCUUUGUAUGAGACAAAGCACAUGCUCCCUGUCGAGUGUAUAAAAGAAUUAUGUUUGCUGCUGCUUAACCAGUCUCUCCUGCUGCCAUCCCUGAAACUGUUAGUAGAAAGCAAAGAUCAAGAUCUUCAAGCUGUGGCACUGGAGCAGAUAACAGCUGUUCCUAAGGUUGAUGAUUCCAGUUGUGAUGCUGAAAUACUUUCCUUGCUCCUCAAUGCCAGGUUAGUGGUGAAGUGCAUGUCUACUGCCUUCUAUCCUCGCCUUGUUGAGCACUUACUGGCUAACCAGGGAGAAGGAGGCUGGGAUGUAGAGGAAAUAGCAAAACAACUUAAAGAAGCAGGGUUCCACGCAGAGGCCGGAUCCCUUUUGAUGUCUCAUCGAGGAACUCAUCCUGCACUCAGGACUUUUACUACUGCCCUCCAGGCUGUUCAGCAUUGGAUCUAAAAAUGUUGGAUUUAUGCAUUUGUCUGCCUUUUUGCUGGAGAUCUUACACAAAAGGGAGAAGUUAUUGUCCUAGUGAAGUAACAGAGUUAGUUAUUACCUAUGUUUUG